AUGGAUGUGAUUAGAAACGCGUCGGACAUCUAUUCAACAGAUUAUUUCACCGAUCGGUGCCUUCAUAUUAUCGACCAACAAAACACAUCGCAACCCCUAUUCCUAUACGUGCCCUAUCAGGCCGUGCACUCGGCAAGGGUUGGGUUGACUCUGGAGGCGCCCCAGAAGUACAUCGAUAUGUUUGCGUACAUUGAGUCGGAUGUGCGGCAAAAGUUUGCCGCAAUGGCCUAUAGUAUGGACGCCUCCAUUGGCACAGUUAUGCAGGCGUUGCACAACAAACACAUGUUAGACAACAGUAUUGUGAUAUUCAUCAGCGAUAACGGCGGCGAUCCUUUAGAAAGAGUGGGUAACGGAGCGUCUAAUAGACCUCUUAGGGGCGCAAAGUUUGGUUUAUUUGAAGGAGGCAUACGAGUGCCGGCACUGGUCUGGAGUCCACUCCUCAACAAAAGUGGUUACGUUUCCGACGCUUUGAUUCACGUGACAGACCUCUUGCCCACAGUGUUGGACGCCAUCGACGGCACCGACAUUCAGGACCAGCAAAAUAUUUAUGGUGUGUCGCAAUGGGAUGUGCUGUCAAACAAUGACCGACCCGUGCGGUGGGAAAUUUAUCAUAACGUGGACCCGGUGUGGAACGGGUCGGCCAUACUAUGGCACGACUGGAAACUCGUUCAAACUCCUAACCCUAGCAGUCCGUCAAUGGGCGACUGGCGUUCACACCAGGGCUAUACCGACAGUCAAAUCAUGCUAAACAACACUAAUCUGCAAUCAUUUCCCACCCGUCAGUCCACUGAACGCCGCAAUAGUAAAACGUAUGGCGUAUUGUCGGCGAUGAAUCGUAAACCCGAUUAUAGCGUAUUGACGGCGUCGACGGUCGAGUGCCCACCCCUUCCCUCUACGGCCGACACACCGACCGAUUGUAAGACAAAGUUGUGUUUGUUUAACAUAAGGCACGACCCGUGCGAACGGCACGAUCUAAUUGGCGAGAUUGAGGCCGAGUUUGUGAGCAUUUUAUGGGACCGUUUGGUGGAGUUUAACCGCACGGCUGUCCGCCCGUUAACGCUG